GUUACUUUAGGUUAAGUAAGAUGAAGGACUCGCAUAAACAAAAAGACGUUUGUUAUAAAUAAAUACACCUGAGUUCUACAGAGGAUAUUUCCGUUAAUGAAAUUACCAAAGAAAUAGUUGUGAAACGAUGGCAGGUCCGGCAAAGUCUUCGUCGUGCGAGGAUCGGAAGCUCUGGAUAGGAAAUUUGGACUCUCGUGUUACCGAGUAUCAACUUUUAAAACUCGUACAAACCCAUGGCACAAUCGAGAAGUUUGACCUAAUUUUCCAUCGUACGGGCCCAUUUGCUGGCCUGCCUCGAGGAUUUGCCUUCGUCACUUACAAUAGCAGUAAGGACGCAAGCGGCGCAAAGACCUGUUUAAACGGCAAGCUAGUUGGGCAGAAGCGACUGGCUGUUACUUGGGCGCAUAGUGCCGACUUGGAUUCGGGCAGUCAAGAAAAACCGAAACCUUCCGUUAGUAUACCCGCUUUAGCUCUAAGCAAAGACACGAAGAAAACCGACCGGAUGUCUCAAAUUCAAGCCAUAGAAGCAAAGUUGCAGUUAAUGAAACAGAAGGAGGACGAGCUGAAAAUCAACGAUUCUAUCGCGACCAAGACGCCGGUUAUUCAGCAGUUUCAAUUCAAUAAGGAGCGAGUUGGUAGCAAAACUCAACAAUUUUUCAAGUUCCAUAACCGAAGCAAAAAGCCCUAUACUAGAAAGGCUAAGCAAUAAAUUGGAUAACAUUUAUCAGCUCGUGUGGAUCGUAAAUAUACUAGAUUUUAACUGACUAACAUGUAGACUAACUGGCCUAGGAGUAUUGGAGGAAAGUUUUAAAAUAAUUAGUGAUGUUCUGAGUGUGAAAACCCCAAAUUUGUAGUUAGAUAGUCCCGUAUAUAAACUGUUUGGAUUUGUGUGUUUGAAGAAAAUUGAAAAAUAAAGUGCGAACAGUUUAAGAGCAA